UGGACAGCGGCGAUAUACGAACCCACGAAUCUGCGCACUUCACCGGAUCAAAACGGCUCUGCAACGGACCAGACGCUUGCUGCUGGCAUAAUUUUAAACUCGGUAGACUUUUUGUUUUCUGCAAGGCACAACUUUGCAGAGUACAGUAGUGACACCAAGGAGGGGGUGGGGGCCCGUCCAUGGAGAUCUUAGGGCGAAAAGCCUAGGCUGAGUCUAAGAAGCGCAAGCCAAAAUCUUUGCGCCACCAUCAAGUGCAAAAAAAGAGUCGAUGAAAUAAAAACAACAACGUACAACAUGGGACCAAGGCUAUUUGGAAAGACGAACCGGGAUCUCGGAUAACCGCGCUUCGUGUUUGCCUAGCACCAAUUGCGUCGCAAUAGAAAUGCUUGUAUCCGACGAGGCAAACAAAUUUGGCCGUAGCUCGGCUUAAGGC